GGUUAAAAGGGAAACAUCACGCUAAUCCUGAAAUGGCUUGGUGUCUGGACCUCGGCUUUUCUCAAAACCUUCAUAUGGGAUGAUGUUCUCUCCAACAUCCCCUCGUUUCUCUUUUUCUUUGUACCUUUCUGCUUUUUGUGCCCCUGGGGGUUGCCAUUGACCCAUCAUGGUUCGUCUGUUGGCAACAUUUCUUCGAUCCUCUCGGGCUGCUGUGCCCUCAGCUCGCCCUCUCUAUUCCCGUGGGUACGCCGUUGCGAGCGGCGCCGCCGAAGAUGCUGCUUCCCUCGGACCGAACUCGACAGCAGUCCCCGAAGGGGGCCAACAUGAUUCUAUACGAAGUAUAGUAGAAAUUCCAACGCCUCAAACUCGCAAUAGCCAGCCCUCUGCCCCCUCAAUAGGGCGUCAAGGCAUCAGAAUCCCCACCGGGAAGGGGGAUAUCUCGGCCUUGCACUAUCUACUGCGCGACGGCUGCAAAUGCCCCCAGUGCGUGGACCAACACUCGAAGCAACGCAACUUCCGCAUGUCCGACAUCCCAACGGACAUCAAACCGCGCUCCGCAGACUGGGACGGAAGCGUCCUGAAAGUAAAGUGGGAGAACGACAUCCCCGGGUACGAUGAGUCGCACACCUCCACAUACACCCUCAAUCAGCUACGAAACCCUUCCGCAAACUACUCCUACCACAGCACCGGCCGGAAGAGAAAGCGUCUGUUGUGGCACAACUGGUUCAAGCACCGCUUUGUCUCCUACGAGGAGUACAUGCACGACGACAAAGCGUUCUCCAGCGCCAUGCGCAAUCUCGCCCAGACGGGUCUCCUCUUCGUCAAGGACGUGCCAGAAUCCCGCGCCGAGGUCGAGAAGAUCGCGACCCGCAUGGGCCCCCUCCGGAAUACCUUCUACGGCUCGACGUGGGAUGUCCGCACCGUCCCCGAGGCCAAGAACGUCGCCUACACGAGCCAGUUCCUGGGCUUCCACAUGGAUCUGAUGUACAUGAAUGAGCCGCCGGGAUUCCAGCUCCUGCAUUGUCUCCAGAACUCCUGCGAUGGCGGCGAGUCGUUGUUCGCGGACUCGUUCGCCGUCGCUAGACAGCUUGGCAUCGAUGACCCGGAGGCUUUCAAGGCCUUGUGCAAUCUCCGACUCUCGUACGAGUAUAACCAUGAAAACGACAUUUAUACGAAUGAUUGGCCCGUGUUCCAGACUUAUGUGGAUGAGUACACGCAGCAGCAAAGGCUGACGCACGCCAAUUACUCCCCGCCCUUCCAGGCCCCGAUGCACGGGCAGCGCCGUCCGUUCAACCGCACUGUGACGGAGAUGCGGGCCUUGGACAAAUUUGCCAAGAUGUUGGAGGAUGAGAGGUAUAUUUACGAGCUGAAGCUGAACCCGGGCGAGUGUGUUAUCUUCGAGAAUCGUCGUGUGCUGCACGCCCGGAGACAGUUCAAUACCGUUACUGGUCAGCGCUGGCUCGCUGGUGCCUAUGUCGAUGAGGACGCCGUGUUGUCCAAGUUCGCGACAUCGGCCCGUAAAUACCCGCACAUGUGGCGUGACAGCCCGAACAAACCAUAUCGGAAAGAGGCCGAGGGAGAGGAUCAAGUUCAGAGCAGCUAAACUUCCAAAAAGGAAUAGACUAUGUAAAGAUGAACGAAGAACGUGACGUAUUAAGGCAUUGGCCGCGAGACUAGUCGUUUGAUGCAAAAGGCUUGAAUAAAUAAGCAUAGGAGUAUACCGCGGUUCAACGCAUGUCAGAGGAGAUUAGGUUCACUCCUGUAUAUAAGCAUAGCGUGUUAUAUAUAUA